GCAAUUGGAGAGUUUAGUUAGAUUAACUGAAGCCAGAGCUAAACUAGAACUCAGGGAAGAGGCUUCAGAACAAGAUGCCAGGGAUGUGGUUGAAUUGAUGAAGUUAAGUAUGAUGGAUACUAUGACUGAUGAAUUUGGACAGCUGGAUUUAAGUAGGUCUCAUAUGGGCUCGGGAAUGUCGCAGAGAAAUCUUGCUAAAAGGUUAGUGUCUGCUCUGCAGCGUGAAGGAGAGAGAAUGCAAAAAAAUAUUUUCCAUCUUGACGAAAUUAAACAAAUUGGAAGGAUGGCACAGAUUCCAGGGGAGAAGAUGUUCGAUUUAAUCUCUUCUUUAAAUAACCAGGGAUUCUUGAUCAAGAAAUCCGGAAAAGUUUACCAGAUGCUCUCCCUGGACGGGUAAAAACUGAUCUCUGAACAGUGAGCAGGGAAACUAUUCUCAAAUUAUAAAUCGAGGAGGAAGAAAAAUAUCUUCAAAGGCUUAAAAUAUACCUCAUGCUAAAGUCAAUAUACAUGUUGGUUGCAUCAUGUGGUUUCAUAUCAACAUUAAACUUUUGUUUUAAAAUAAAAAUCCUGAUGCAUUUAUCAGAUGUUUUCCUAAGCACACUUUUUCUAUUUAAUUGGUGAUAAUGAUGAUAACAUAAUGGAAAAAGUUUUGAUGCUUUGAAAUUUACUGUGAUGAAACUGACUGAUAAAACAUUUAUUUUUGACAUCUUUAUUAAAUUUAUCUGUGAUUUUAUAUUUUUUCAGA